GGGCAUGGGAAGGGCUGUCUUGAGUGUGAGGGAAGAGGGGGGGGAAAGAGGGGAGGGAGUAGUGCGGGGGGUGAGGAGGAGGAGGAGGAGGAGGGAGGAGGAGGAGGAGGAGGAGGAGGAGGAGGAGGAGGAGGAGGAGGAGGAGGAGGAGGAGGAGGAGGAGGAGGAGGAGGAGGAGGAGGAGGAGGGGGAGGAGGAGGAGGAGGAGGAGGAGGAGGAGGAGGAGGAGGAGGAGGAGGAGGAGGAGGAGGAGGAGGAGGAGGAGGAGGAGGAGGAGGAGGAGGAGGAGGAGGAGGAGGAGGAGGAGGAGGAGGAGUGGAGGGAACGAGUGCAGGGGACACGGGGAAGGGGAACAUUGACGCUAGAGAUGAAAGGCGUGCUGAUGAGGAGGACAGGAUGUGUGUGAGUGCGUGUGUGCGUGUGUGAGUG